AUGAAAGUUGUUGAGUCAUACGAGAAAACUUUUAUGAGGGAUUUUCGUCAUGGAACGAUUUCCCUUAAAGCUUUGCGUAAUGACACAUUAAAUUCCAUCAAUCAAAUGUUCAUGUUAAUUGAGCGAAUGACGAAAUAUAUCUUAAUGAAGAAAGAAAAAGAAAACUUGUUUCUCUCACUCUUCAUGGAUUUGAAUUCAUUCGUCUAUCCCCACAAGACCUGCCACAAAACUCAUUCAUUGAAUAUGACAUUUGCUUUAUUCAGAAGUCAAAUAUUUGACUGA